GAAAACUGUUGUUACUGUUUUAUGCUUAAAGCUUCUGUUUUACUUUAAGUCAGACUAUUUUCUUGUUCUGAAUUAUCAUUAAUUUGAAUAAUAAUAAAUAAAAACAUUCUAGAUAUAAACUUUAAGAAAUAUAUAUAAUGUUAUCCAGUUGAAUCGGCAGUGUGUUUGUAAACUUAAAAAAUGACCGAUGAUACUCCUCAAAAACGCCAAGAUGACGAACUGGUUGCUUUGCAGGCGAUAUAUGCUGAAGCUGUUGUGGAUAACAGAAAAAAGGCUGUUUGGAAUGAAUGGCGUCCAUUAGAUGUUCUUCUAACGUUGCUACCGUUAAACAAUUCUGAGGGUGUGCACUGUAGGGUGACACUACAAUUUCAAUGCUGCCAUAAUUAUCCUGAUAAACCACCAAAAAUUCUUCUAAACAAAGUAUCAGGAUUAUCUGAUGAUAAUGCUAACAAAUUGCUAAAAGAUUUAGAGAAUCUAGCUGAGCAGCAAUGUGGAGAGGUGAUGAUAUUCCAACUUGCUCAGCAUACAGAACAAUUUCUUCAUGACCACAAUAAACCCAUUUUAUCGUUUUAUGAUGAGAUGGUAAAAAAGAAAGAUGAAAUGGAAAAAUUGAAAAUGCAUGAUUUGCAAGUACGAGAGAAUGAAGAGCUGCAAAAAAUGAAGAAUGAAAUUCAACGACGUCAAGAAGCACUUCGCGGUGACAUUGACAGUCUGAAUAAUUUGAAUGGUCAGGGCGAUGUACCGAAACUGGUUUAUUACGCUGAUGAUAAAACAUCACCCGCUAAAAAGCUAUCAAAGCGGAGUGCAGGGUCGAUACCUUGUACUUGCAACAUUAAAGCUACUCAGAUACUUCGGUACAGUCAGAGGAACAAUAAGAAAGUAUACAUUGGAAAAUGUAUAGGUCACUCGUCAAACGGUUCUACAACAUUCCUAGCGAUAGACGACGAUGGGGAUCAGGUUGUCGCGAAGAAGUGGACCCUCUCUCCAGCAUCAGAUUUCCAAACACGAAAUCGACAAUUGAAUUCCAUCGAAAAAGACUUAAAAGCGAUGUGUCGAUUGAAACACCCGUCUUUAGCGCCAUAUACAGCUAUUGAAACGUUAACAGAAUCAAAACGGACAGCGAAACAAUCAAUAUAUAUAUUUCGAGAUUUUGUUUUGGGCAGUUCCUUGAAACAACUUCAAGAACAUUCCAGUAAUUUCGGUGAUAAAUUAGAAGGCUUGAAACUAUUAAGGCACGUGGGCUUAGGUGUGUUCGGUGCGUUGAAGGAAUUGCAUAGCGUUAAUGUCUUGCACAGAGAUGUACGGAGUGAAACCGUGUUUUUAGAAGAUUGUGGUAUCGUUAAAAUUGUUGGCGCGAGCUUAGAUGUGAGAUUAAGUGAAAUAAUUGAAGGCGAAAACUAUUGUGGUCGACAGACAAAAUCUCAAGACAUUUAUGCAGCGGCGCAGUUGUUACUGUCUAUAGUGACUGAAGAAUCUGAUCACGAAAUACCGCCGUACCUUCCGAGUUCAGCCAAAGAUUUUUUUUCGAGGUGCCUCACCGAAGACGAACAUAUACAGUGGUCAGCAGACCAAUUAGUCCAACACGGUUUUCUAGUCGACACUCCAACUAAACUACCUCAUACCAAAGAAAAUAAUGAUCCUGAUAGUGAAUCUGAGGAUGAAGAUGGUACCAAACGUAUUCAUAAAAUAAGCACUCUUGUGAAUGGUCACUCACGCUUGAACGUCGAGUUCGAAAUUCUCGCCUGGCUAGGAAAAGGCGCUUUUGGGGAUGUUUUAAAGGUGAGGAAUAAACUCGACGGCGGUUUUUACGCGAUAAAACACGUCAAAUUGAAUCCAAAAAGUGUUGAAUUAAAUAAGAAAAUCACACGAGAAGUGAAGUUACUGUCACGUUUAAAUCAUGAGAACGUUGUAAGGUAUUAUAAUGCUUGGAUUGAAACGAUCACGGAGACGGAUGUUGAAGAGAGUAAUGUUGUUAAAGGGUCAGUUAAGAAGAAAGACAGUCUUGAAGAUGUUGUCGCGAAGUUGGGUCAGGAGGUCAAGGUAAACUGGUCAAUGUCAGAUGGUCCAGUUCAAGUAAGAGACGAGUCAUCAGACAGCGAGGAUGAUUCAGACGAUGAUGAACCUUGGUUCAACAUCAGUCCAGAAAAUGAGAGCAGUAGCAUAAUAGAGUUCAAAGUGGAUUCUAAAACGUCGGAAGAGACGUCAUCCGAUGACACAACGCUAGCGUCACCGAUGUUGAAACAAGUGCUCUAUAUACAAAUGGAGUUCUGUGAAAAGAACACACUGAGACAAACCAUUGAUAACGGCUUGUAUCAAGAGCAUUUCAGGGCUUGGAGACUGUUUAGAGAAAUCUUGGAAGGUCUGGCCCACGUUCACCAGAAAGGCAUGAUCCACAGGGAUCUGAAACCGGUCAACAUAUUCUUAGACUCCAACGACCAUGUCAAGAUUGGUGAUUUUGGAUUAGCUACCAAAGUUUUCACAGGACUCCCAGUAGAAGAAACUUCACAAGACGAUGCAGACGGUUUAUUAACUGGCAAAGUCGGAACCGCUCUCUAUGUAGCUCCAGAACUACAGCAGUCAGCGAGCAAAGUGAUAUACAACCAGAAAGUCGAUAUUUAUUCCCUUGGUAUUAUCCUAUUCGAAAUGUUUAACGCCCCAUUCGUAACUGGCACGGAGAGGUAUAUAGUACUGACUAACCUCAGGAAGAGGGAAGUCACAAUGCCAAAAGAUUUCGAAACGGAAGAGAAUUCCAAGCAAAUACAUGUUAUAAGAUGGUUAUUGGAUCACGACGCUAGUGUCCGACCAACAAGCGCAGAGCUGCUCGCUUCAGAACACGUUCCGAGAGCAGUUCCAGAACUCGCGUUAUCCGGUCUCCUGUCACACACGUUAAGUGAGCGAGGAUCGAGGGGUUAUCAGAGACUGGUCGCGGCCUGCCUCGAUCAGAAAACUUCACCAGCUGAAGACUUCACAUAUCACAGUGCAAUAAAGAGUAAACCCAUGGAUUACGUUGCUGGGAUCAAAGAUGUUGUUAUCAAGGUUUUCCAAAGCCAUGGCGCGUCCGAGUUUUCUCCGCCGCUGUUAACGCCCCGCGCUACCCGCUGGGACCAGUACCCGAACGCUACCAGGGUCAUGACUUCAUCGGGCUCAGUGUGUCACUUGCCUCACGAUUUAAGAUUACCAUUUGCUAGAUACACAGCACAUUCCGGUACAAAAUACAUGCGUCGUUACGUCGUUGAUAGAGUGUACAGAGAAACUGAGAGGACGAUCAAAGGUUUUCAUCCCCGGGAAAUAAUCGAAUGUGCCUUCGAUAUCGUAACUCCUAAGACAGAUACACUUUGGCCGGAUGCGGAACUUUUAGUCGUAGCCAGUAGGGCAGCAAUAGAAAGUACCCUCAAAGUAACGAUACAGCUGAACCACACGGAGCUGCUCAAGAUUCUGCUCCUGUCAUGCGGCGUCCCCUUGGAUAAGCACGUGGCUAUAUACCCUGUAUUGAUGGACGUUAGUUUAGGACGCAUAACAAGUCUCCAGCUUCAAACGCAUCUCACGACACUCUGCGUAACGAAUCGCGACAUAACGAACAUGUUGCGUCUGAUGGAAGCGGACGUUUCUGUCGAAAUCUUACACGAGUUAGUGAGUUUUGUCGACAGGAAUAAAUGGGGCGACGAAUUGGAGAAAGCAAUACAACAGCUAGAAGCCGUCUGCACUAAAGCUGUCGCAUUAGGAUGUGACGUAGCAAUAACAGUGGCGCCGUUCCUGGCGUACAACGCGACGCAGCACAGCGGCGUGUUCUGGCAGAUGUGCGUCGCGAGCGCCGAGCCGCGCCCGCUCAAGCAUCGCUCCAAGAACCUCAUCGCUGCCGGCGGCAGGUACGACAAUCUGGUCGAGGAGUUUUGGAAGGUAGCUCGAGCUGAAAAGGCCCACGACAACGCCAACUUGACGUGCUCGUCCGUCGGUUUUUCAAUGUCACUGGAGAGGAUGGCCGCCAUAUUGAGGAGUAUGGAGGCGGAAAUACCACUAAUUGAGAAGAUCAGUGAGCGCACCGCCGUGUGCGUGUGCGUGUGCAUAUCCAGCGGUCCCGAGUCGGGCCAGGAUGGCGGCGAGCUGAAGCGUGCCCGCCUGGCGCGCUCGCUGUGGGCGGGCGGGCUGCGCGCGCUGUGCUGGGCGGGCCGCGCGCGCGACGCGCACCACUCCACGCGCAGCGCGCUCGUACUCGUGCACGACGGGCUCGACGUGCUCGUGUCGUGCUGGGAGGGCAACCGAGUACGAGAACACAAGGUUCCAACUUCGAAAGUGAUUGAAUUCGUGAAACAAAAACUAAGUCCUGAUACAAUUCGGAAUCCAGAUUAUACAAAUCGAAUGAUUAGCUGGACGGAAUGUGAGAAAUCGAAUGGUCCGGCGAUAUCGGUUACCUUCAUAACAGCCAGCGAAAGAAUAACCAAGAGCUUUAAACGGCAGUGCGAAGUGCAGAUAAACAACCAAAUAACGUCCACCCUGGUGAACCUCGGCCUGCAGCCCGUGCUGAGCCGCGUGCGCGUGCACGUGUUGGCGCUGGCGUGCGAGGCGCCGUGCGUGGCGAUGUUGGCCGCCAACCUUUCCGCGCCCGUCGACGUGCUCUACCUGCCGCAUGCCUUCCGGCCUGUUUGUGAAAUGUACAUAAAACGUCAGAACAUUCUCGAAGAGGCUCUGUGUGAGUUGACGAAUAUCGCGAAACAGAGUAACCAAAGUCGAUCCGCGGACGAGACUCUAUUAUACGCUCUAUAUUCAAUACCAGAUUCCAUAUGUCGGCUUAUAACUUGAUAAAUGCUUAGCAUUUAUGUGUUUUGGAAAAAAAAUACAAUUGUCUAUGCGGAGGAAGUAUUUGAGAAAAUUAUUGGAGAUAGUGAAAAAAUAACAUAUAUUUUAUAUUAUAUGUUUGUUUAGAACAAUUGGGACGUGUUGUGUAGAAAUUUUGGAAGAAAAUUCAUCUUUAUAACGACAGUACUUUUUCCAAAAUAUUAUGUAAUUGUAAAUAAUAUAUAUUACAUAAUACGAUUGUGAAUUAUCUUGUAAAUGCCUUCAUCCCAUUUAUUUGGGUUCGGUGUUGUGCUAUUUAUUUUUUAACCACUCUUGAUAAUUUACUUUUACAAAUUGGCAACACGCUUCCAAACUGAACAACAAUUACAUUAAUUUUACUACUGAAUAGAAAGCUUUCAAUUCAUUGUGUCAUUACUACAGACUUAUAAAAUAAACUUAAGUAUAAGUAUUAUAUUAGUUGAAUUAGCGAUUAUUAUUUUCGAACGAUUUUGAUAUUUUAUUUGUCAUUAUUUCAUGUCAUACAUAAGUUUUGACAGUUAAUUUGCAUACUUAUGAGUAUUAUAAAUUUUAGUUGAAUUGUCGAAAAUAAUUGUCAUGAGAGAUUUUACAUUGUUUUAAAUUAUUAUUUUAGAUUAAAUACUGAUAUUUCGUUAUUAUUUCUCUUAAAUAUUUCUUUUGCAAAAUAGUAGUUGGAUCCAACAUUUGUCAUGCCGGAUCCAAUCUCUCUAGUAUACUAAAUUAAUUUGACUGAGCUUACGGUAUUCUCUCUAAAAAUGUCUAUAGACGUGCGAGAUUAAAAUUAUAGAUUAUACUACUGUCUAUUAAUUUUAUAUGAAACAGAUUAAAAAAAUAAAAUCGGUAAGAAAGAACUUUUAUCAGUAUACGAAGAUUUUCGUUUCAAUAUGUGACUUUCAUGGGUUCGAUUCCAAAGGGUAGGGUUGUACGCCCUACUGCGUAGGACUGUCAAUAAACGCGAUAGCGUUACCCAUUCAAAUAAAUAGUGUACGUAUGAUUAAUGUCAAGUCCCUUUGUACAUAACUUAGACGAGUGGUAGAGCUUUGUGCAAGCUCGUCUGGGUAGGUACCACCCACUCAUCAGAUAUUCUACCGCAAAACAGCAGUACUUGGUAUUGUUGUGUUCCGGUUUGAAGGGUGAGUGAGCCAGUGUAAUUACAGGCACAAGUGUAAUUACAAUUACAACACAUCUUAGUUCCCAAGGUUUGUGGCGCAUUAGCGAUGUAAGCGAUAGAUAGAGCGGUAUAAGAUUAAUAAAUAAUAUGAGUAUAGAUUUCAAACUAUCAAGCGAAUGUCACGUCUGUUUAAACAAUAAUGCGACUUCUCUGGAUAAUUGCAAAGUCUUGUAAAGUAUGAAUAUAAAUCUCUCGGGUGUUGAAGGUUGAAGGUAACUUUCCAUCAGGUGAGACUUCUGCUCGUUUGCCCCCUCUUACAUAAAAACAGAGUAUUUUAGAGGAGAAUAUUUUUACAAUCGAAAAAAAAUCGUUAUUAGUAAAAUAGUAAUAACCAUAUUCAAAUACGUCAAUGUAAAGAUGUCAAAAAAAAAUUCUUUUAAAAUUCGAACCCGUUCGAUAUCAUCGUCUGCCAGUCCCAUCAUUUUCGAACUAAUGGAUAUGAAGAAAUCAUUUGUAAUUUAUGAUUAUUAUUUAUUUUUAGCACUAAUAUGUAA